AUGCCAGAGCAAAGUAAUGAUUAUCGAGUAGUUGUGUUUGGAGCUGCUGGUGUUGGUAAAAGUUCUUUGGUCCUUCGUUUUGUCAGGGGAACAUUCAGGGAAACAUACAUCCCUACCAUUGAAGACACUUACCGCCAGGUGAUCAGCUGUGACAAAAACAUUUGUACCCUCCAGAUCACCGACACCACUGGAAGCCACCAGUUCCCUGCCAUGCAGAGACUGUCCAUCUCAAAAGGCCAUGCUUUCAUGCUGGUUUACUCUGUUACCAGCAGGCAGUCAAUAGAAGAGCUUCAGUCCAUCUAUGAACAGAUCUGUCAGAUCAAAGGGGACAUCCAGAAGGUCCCAAUCAUGUUGGUAGGAAACAAGAGUGAUGAUACCCAGAGAGAAGUAGAUGCCAGCGAAGGAGAAGUCCUUGCCAUGAAGUGGAAAUGUUCCUUCAUGGAGACAUCAGCCAAAAUGAACUACAAUGUGCAGGAGCUUUUCCAAGAGCUCUUGAAUUUGGAAAAGAGAAGAAGUGUCAGCCUUCAAGUAGAUGGUAAGAGAUCUAAGCAACAGCAAAAGAAGGAUAAGCUGAAAGGCAAAUGUUCUGUCAUGUGA